AUGACAAGCGAACCUUUUCUAUGGUAUAGAGAUAAAGAUCGGCUAAGGAUUGGAGAAGUCAACAGGUACAUUGUCACCUACAAGCGACAGCGUGGUGCCGCUACUACUCAGAUUUAUUUCAGAAUUAAAAAUAUAGAGAACCCGGGUAUAAGAACCAUACAUUUGCUAACCGGUCCAUUCAUAUUGUACUGUCACGUUGUACCUUGUAACUACAACUACAAGAGAAAGUUUUGUCCGGAAAAUGUGGAACAAAAUCCUGAGGUGGCUUUUGAAAAUCAAAUUAAACCUAAUCAAUCUUUUAAUGUGACAUUACUUUUGAAUGACAAUUCUCUAGCUAAAACAUCGACCGAAGGUGAAAUUCACUAUGAGCAUUUUCAAUGGGAAAUAGAGGUGAUAUCACAGAUUGUCAUUACUAAAAAGACCGAGGUGCUCUAUGACAUGAUGAUUGGAGACGAUCCUCGUGCUAUGAAAAAGUUGGGACUUGGUAAGCUACAAAAAACAUUAACCAGUAUAGUGCCCAAUAACAACGACGAAGACAGAACUGCACAAGAAGUAUUUGACCAUGAAACGACUAAUCAUGUGUUCAACCCGUAUUUGAGUGUGGACAAGAAAACCACUGAUGACCUUUGGAACAGAAAACCACUAGAUCCACUUAAACCAGUUCAUUUAGUAAUAGUUACCCAUGGUAUUUUCUCAAACCUCACAGCUGACAUGCUCUACCUAAAAGAAACUUUGGAAAGUUCCGUGCUGGAAAAUAUCAUGAUUCGAGGAUAUCGGUAUAAUGCUGGAAAAACUGAAAAAGGGAUCAAAAAGUUGGGUCGUAAUGUGGGUGACUAUAUCGCCGAUGUAAUUGAAAAAGAACCUUACAAUUUCAACAAAAUAUCAUUUAUUGCCCAUUCACUUGGAGGUGUAGUACAAUUGUAUGCCAUCAAGUACAUAUUAGUGACUAGAGGUGUUGACUUUUUUGAUCGCUUGCAUGUUCAGCCAAUCAAUUUGAUUUCAUUGGCAAGUCCAUUCUUAGGUAUCUUGAAUGAACUCAACUUGGUCCUCUCAUGGAUACUAGAUCUCGGCACACUUGGAAAGACAGGGCGUGACCUAACAUUGCUGAAGAGAUUACCUGGAUGGAAAGACGUGGAGAUUGGUGAUCAUCGAACAAAGGACAGAUUCAAGCCUGUCUUGGAAACAUUACCUGAUGACCCACUUCAAACAUUUUUGGGAAAAUUUGAACGUUUAACUGUGUACGCGAAUGCUAUAAAUGAUGGUAUUGUACCUUUGAGAACAGCAGCUAUUUUGUAUCUAGACUAUGAGGCGUUGGGUGAUGUGAAUGAAUUAAAGAGGACAAACAAUGUUAUUGACAGGCCGGAGUUGGAGAAUGAUCAUCAUGAUGUUCAAAGCAAUGAAAGUCAAAAUAAUGUUCUGGAGGUUCCUGAAUCUGGUGCGUCAAAUGAUGAGACUACUGGCAAGGGUCAUAUUUCACAAAGUGGUCGAGAACAAAAUGGUGAAACCCCCCACUCACUUUCAAAGGAGAAGAAUCGAUUGAAAGAAGUUCACGAUAAAUUCGAUGAGUUUACAAGUUUGAACUCUUCGCAAAAGAAGCUAACUAGGAGGCAGAAGAAGUAUCAGAAUUUUAGCAUCAAAGGCUCCGACACCAAUUCCGAUAGUUUGUCUGCCAGUAACAAUUCCUCCAUGGAUUCAUCGAUGGAUCCAUCGACUACAAUCAAUGUUCCUCCACGUGCCUCAGCAAUUGAGUCUGCUCUAAAUACCUUAAUUUGUCCUAUUCCUUCUCAAGAGUAUAUAAUGGAUCCAGCUUCAAGAAACCCGGUGAUUUUCCAUGACAAAUACUACCACUUUGAUAAAUCGAAUGAUGAGACCAAUGUUAAGUCGCGUUCUUUAAGAGAGAGAUUGUUUGGAUACUCUGCAGAUUGGAGGCUUCAUAAACAAGUGGUUAUAGCCAACAAAUAUCACACUAGCAAACUUAACUGGCGGAAAGUAUUGGUGAAUUUGCCACCUGAUGCUCAUAAUAAUAUCAUUGUGAGACGGAGAUUUGCCAACGGAUAUGGAUGGGGGGUAAUUCAUCAUGUUUGUGAGAACUUGUUUGAAACAAAAACAGAUGGCAAUGAUCAACUUGAGAAAGAUGUUACAUAUGAUGACAAUACGUUUUUGCAAAACGAAUCAGAGAAAAAGAGCGAGGAAAUGCAAGGUGAUGUCAAAGCUAAAAUAUAA